ACCGCUCUGAGGUCCCGAGGACGUCACGGACGCGCGGUCGAGCCUCCAGCCCGCCCCCUGGGCUCGCCUUCCCUUCUCUUCUUAGCCGGUGACGCCGCCGCGGCCCCGGCAACCGGCGCUUGCACACACUCCCGCGCGCUCCUCUCCGCCACCUCCUCCCGCACCCGGGUCCGAAGAUGGCGGCUCUCAAACUCCUGUCCUCCGGCCUUCGGCUCUGCGCCUCCGGCCGCAGCUCGCGGGGCGCCUGGCACAAGGGAUGUGUCUGCCACUUUUCUGUCAGUGCUCGUCGCCACACCAAAUUUUACACAGAUCCAGUGGAAGCUGUAAAAGAUAUCCCUAAUGGUGCGACCUUGCUAGUUGGUGGUUUCGGGCUGUGCGGGAUUCCAGAAAAUCUUAUCGGAGCUUUAUUGAAGACUGGAGUGAAAGAUCUAACUGCAGUCAGCAACAAUGCUGGGGUUGACAACUUUGGCCUGGGCCUUUUACUUCGAUCUAAACAGAUAAAACGCAUGGUCUCUUCGUACGUGGGAGAAAAUGCAGAAUUUGAGCGACAGUUCUUGUCCGGCGAGUUAGAAGUGGAGCUGACUCCUCAGGGCACACUUGCAGAGAGGAUCCGUGCUGGUGGCGCCGGAGUCCCCGCCUUCUACACCAGCACAGGGUAUGGGACCCUAGUACAAGAAGGAGGAUCACCCAUAAAAUACAACAAAGAUGGCAGCGUCGCCAUUGCCAGCAAGCCACGAGAGGUGAGGGAGUUUAACGGUCAACACUAUAUUUUGGAGGAAGCAAUCACAGGAGAUUUUGCUUUGGUGAAAGCCUGGAAAGCGGAUCGGGCAGGAAACGUGAUUUUCAGGAAAAGUGCAAGAAACUUCAAUUUGCCAAUGUGCAAAGCUGCAGAAACCACAGUAGUGGAGGUUGAAGAAAUUGUAGACAUUGGAUCUUUUGCCCCAGAAGAUAUCCACAUUCCGAAGAUUUAUGUACACCGCCUUAUACAGGGAGAAAAAUAUGAGAAAAGAAUUGAGCGUUUAUCACUCCGAAAAGAAGGAGAUGGAAAAGCCAAAUCUGGUAAGCCUGGAGAAGAUGUCAGGGAGCGGAUCAUCAAGAGGGCCGCUCUUGAGUUUGAGGAUGGCAUGUAUGCUAAUUUGGGUAUAGGGAUACCUCUUCUGGCCAGCAACUUCAUCAGUCCAAAUAUGACUGUUCAUCUUCAAAGUGAAAAUGGAGUCUUGGGUUUGGGUCCAUACCCACUGCAACACGAAGCUGAUGCUGAUCUUAUCAACGCAGGAAAGGAAACAGUUACUGUUCUUCCAGGAGCCUCUUUCUUCUCCAGUGAUGAAUCAUUCGCAAUGAUUAGAGGAGGACAUGUCAAUCUAACAAUGUUAGGAGCAAUGCAGGUUUCUAAAUACGGUGACCUGGCCAACUGGAUGAUACCUGGGAAGAUGGUGAAAGGAAUGGGAGGGGCUAUGGAUUUAGUAUCCAGUUCCAAAACCAAGGUGGUGGUCACCAUGGAGCAUUCUGCCAAGGGAAACGCACACAAAAUCAUGGAAAAGUGUACAUUACCGCUGACGGGAAAGCAGUGUGUGAACCGCAUUAUUACAGAAAAGGGUGUGUUUGAUGUGGACAAGAAAAAUGGGCUGACACUGAUUGAGCUCUGGGAAGGCCUGACUGUUGAUGACAUAAAGAAGAGCACUGGCUGUGACUUCGCAGUUUCACCAAAACUAAUGCCAAUGCAGCAGAUUUCAACUUGAAAUGUGGAAUAGACAUUUGUCUCAGGAUGCUAAGAUUUCAUUUUGAACACAUAGGAUUUAAUUGAAAGGGUGUCAGUAAUCAAAACUAUAUAUUUAACAAGAAGUUUCGACUAGUUUUCUUCUAGUAAUUUCUGGAUUUGUGCAGCCACAGACUGUUCUCUUCAGUGUGUUCUCACGUUUCUAUGAAAGACAAAAGGAAAACAUUUCAUCGUGGUCUUGUUUCUUAAGUGCUAAGAAGGUUGUCUUUGCCAUUGGUGCUUACUUUGAAUGUAUGUUUAUCUUUUAUUCUGUGUAUACUAAACCAGAAAAUUUUCAUGUGAAUUUGUGAUUAGGCAGAAUAUGUUUUUGAUAACUAUAUAUCUUUUACUUUCCUCUUUUUUUGAGAGAAAGCUCUGAUUUGGUGAUUGUGCUUGCCUCUUUAGAACAUCCUCCUUCCUCCACACUUCUUAUAGCCAAAUAGAUACCCAGGAAGGCAAACAGGAGAGUCUCUGGGAGAAGUAAGCAGAAGAAAGAAUUAGGCAUGGGAUCUUCCAGUGCUGGUGCCCAUGAGACGGUGUCUUCAUAGACAACCAACCACCUACUUUUGUGCACUAACAGCUGAGACUAACUAUAGGAAAAGGACUAGAGACCUGUUGACAUACUUACCUGUUCUCCUACUUUAAGAUACUGUGCUAUGCCUUUGUAUUCAGAAGACUCCCUCUCUGUUAUUGAGCCCCAGUGUUUACUUAUACAGCAUCUCCUAAGCCAAAAAGAACUGUGGGAAAUUUAUCAUGAGUCCUAAAUCACAAUGGCAGUAGUGUUUACAAAAACGAUCUUCCAAGAUAUUUUCCUUUUAGGCUCACCAUUCUGCUCAGCAAAGAUUCUAAACGGUGAAUGGCUUUUUCUACAGAACUGCUUAAAUUAGUUCUCUUAACAAAGUGCUAUUACUUUAGCCUGAUCUGUGGAGGGGGGAGUGUUGGGAGAGUCUCAGAUCUGAGUAGAUUACAAACUCUUUGUGUUGGGGAAUGAACAUGGUGACUUGGGAUUAUAAGGGAUGCUUCCUUAGAAGUAGCCUCAAUACAAGACAGUUGCCAGGAAGGGUCAAUUCAAAAGUUCCCUUGACAUCAGAUGUGUGAAUGUCUAGGCACCCUGAAGCCAGGCUGGACAGCUGGUGUCUGCACAGUAAAAUGUACCAUUCUGCUACUAAUUAUAGGAAUGUAUGCAUGUUUUGGGUGACGGUUGUCAUUGAAACUCAUUUCUCCUCAAGUAUAGCCACAGCUAACCUGUGCAGUAUGUAAAGGAGAAGCAGAAUCCCCCCCCCCCCCGACACACACACAGUACCCUCUAUGUAGCACUGCCUUUCUGGCUGGCUCCGUGGUUGAAAGCAUCUGCUGCCAACACUGAUAGGAAGAGCCCUUCUUAGACGGCACAAGGUCCAUGAGAGUAAAUAUGUCUAUAUUAGAGUAAACUUUUGAAAGUAUUAUUAUUGUUGAUAUUGAUGUGUCUUCAAAUGCACUUGCUUAUCAUUCCAGUCUGUUACUUUAAGGCAAGGGGAUUCUAAGAAUGUUUCAAACAUUGUCAACACCUGAAUAGAUGCUCAAAGAGUGCCAUAUUUUUAAAAAUCUGUUAAGCGAUAAAAUAAAAAUGACAAAUUUGACAGA